AUGACGUCAACACUCGAACAGCUGAUUUGUAAACAAGAAGGCCACAAAGGUAGGUUGUAUACAUUGGGUAAUUUUGAUAUGGCAACGCAUUGUGUAAAUCAAUUAAAUGAAUUCGGUGCACUGCAGGCAAACGAUAUGGCUCUUGUAAAUGCCAGCAUUAUUGACUAUGAGCACAAAAAUUAUAGUGCUGCACGCGAGAAGCUAGAACGCGCUCUCCAAGUGCAACCAGAUAACUUUGAAGCUAAUUAUAAUCUCGGGCUGGUCGGGUUGCAAAGCAACAAUUUGGAGAUAGCUGAAGAGCAAUUUGAACAGCUGAAAGUACAAAUGAUGGUGCCACAUUCAGUACAACAUACUAACGUAUAUUUUCAGUUGGCAAAUCUGCAGGAAAUGUUGCAUCAGAAUUCUGUUCCAGGCAAUAUUAUUCAAAAUACCUUAACAUCAGCCGCACUGCAUUCUUAUUUACAAGUUUUGGGGAUCUCAGCAGCCGACACCGAUUCACGACUGUUCGAGAAGGUUGGCAGCAUUUACGAGCAGAUGCAGGAUCAUCAAGAAGCUAACCAGUAUUACAAUGAAGCUUACCGCAUUAACCCAAGUGAUAUAAACAUUGCAAGCUCUAUUGGUUCAUAUUACAUCAAAUUACAGGCAAUAGAGAAAGCUAUUUAUUAUUAUGAGCGUGCAGUACUAACAAAUCCUAACGAUCCGAAUCUUAUGCUGCGAUUUGCAAGCUGUUUCCGCAAUUCUUACUUAUCUCCUAAAAAAUAUUUUGGAAUUUUCGAAAAGAUUUAUAAACGAUUUCCCGAUCAUUUAACAUGUAUCCGUGCUUUGGUGCAAGUAACAAAAUCACUCGGACUGGAAGAUUUAUAUGAAAAAUACUCUGUGGAAUACUCACGCUUGCAUAAAAUACUAAUAGAACGUAACAUCAGUCAACGCUACCAGCAUCAAAGGCUACCUUCAGCAAUAUCUACGAGAGGACACAGAGGCACUAGCGGUAAUAUUCACUUCCUUGCCUCUAUUAUAUUAUACCGUCCCAGAGAAAAGUAUACAUGCAUACAUAUCUUUACCUCAUAG